AUGGCCCAACAAACUACAGAAGUUGUAAACAGUCCACCACAGGAACAACAAGCACAGCACCAAGAACAAACCCAACCCAUACAACACCCAAGCGACACCACAGAAUUUUCCACGGCUAUGGAAAUCACAAUAGAUCAACCAACACAGGUUAUACAAAUAGUGACCCCAGAAAAACACAGCAACGAAGAUCAAUCUAUGGAAAUAACUGACAACUUCAUUAAGUCACAAUUAGCACCACUACCUACAGGCAAGGAAAUUUCACAACAACAAUUGACCAACUGGCAAAAAUCUAAUGUACCUAGCUAUAGUCAGGUCACAAAGAAAUCAACAAAGCGUUCGUAUGAAAAUCAAAACUCUGUCCUGGUAUAG